AAUCUUACCUGUUAGUUGUUAAACCAUCGUCUUAGAAGUAAAUACAAAAGUCCAGAGCGUUUGCGAUAAAUAAUUUUUGUAUAUUGUUAAAACGCAUAGAUACAAAAAAAGAAGAAAAAAAACAAAAAAACUGGUUUUGUUCGAAAAUAUUUAAGGUUUUUGUUGGAAUCUUUGUAUUUUUAAAAUGAGCAGUGAUUAAAUUAAAUUAGUGAAACUAAAAAUAUAAAAAAUAAAUAAAGUAUAAAAGAAAAAUUAACAAAAAGAAAGAAAAACAAAUAAAGUCAAAAUGCCCUGCUCUGCUGUAACGCUUUCUAUAGCCACUAUAUCCGCCAUUAUUGCAACUGCUUUAUUGGCAAUUGCAUUUUCCACAGAUAACUGGUUGCAUUAUGAAGUGAAAAGAAACAAUAUACAGACAUUUGCCGCCAAACACUCGGAUGCCGAAUCAUUAUUAAGUAACUUGAACAACAAAUACUACUAUUACACGAGAACAAGAGGUCUAUUUAGGAUAUGCUAUCCCAAAGAAAGACCACCCACAAGUGCAGUACCAACAUAUUUGUCGCCAAUUGAAACCCAUUGUUCAAAUAUUGAUUAUUUCCCUCAGAUGGAUGAGGAUAAAAGUUAUAGUGAAGAUUCAACUUCAAGAUUACAUUUAGCUCGUUCCUGUGUGGCAAUGUUCAUAUUAAGUUUUAUAACAACAUUUUGUGCUUUUUGGACCGGUCUUUCCGGAUGCUGGAAAAGAUCAUCUGGUGCUAUAACAGCAACAUCAAUACUGUUAUUAGCAACAUGUCUACUUGCGGCUGGUGCUAUGGGCCUUUGGCAUACCGUAGAAUUUUUUGAAAAGGAAAAAGUUGUUGGAGAAGAUUAUUACCAACAAUGGAACACUGUCUUAAAAGAUAACACAAAAAUUACUUAUGACUGGUCUUACAUUGUUGCAUGGGCUGGAGUUGGAUCCUGUCUACUAUCGGCUAUACUAUUAUCGGGUGCUGCAGUCUGCUUGAGAAGUGAGCGCGAAAAGGAAGAACAACUAAACUUACAAUACCUCAUGCCAGUCUAUUCUCAAAAACAACCACCUUACCCACCCUACGCCAAUUACCCUCAACCUCAAAUGUUUACCGGUCCAUAUUAUCAUGGGUCACAAUAUGGACCAUACAACUAUUAAGAAGAAAUGAUUAUUAUACACCAUCAAAAUCACAAAUUCACAUACAUAUGUACAAAAAUGUAUACAUACAGUACUGAGUGUGUUUAUUUUUUCUAAGCCAAUUUUUUGCAUCAUUCCAAAUAUGUAGCAACUAAUUAAAUAUAUUAAUGAUGGUGUAAAUUAUUUAAUACUGGAUGAACAAUAGAGGCCGGAAAGGAAACAUCUAAAUAAAAAUUCUAGUGAACAUCAAAAUUAUUUAUUAUAAUUAGCAUAUCGUACAUGCAUAUUUUUUAUUGUUUAUAUUUAAUUGUUUAAAAAGAAAAAAAUCAUAGAUAAAUCAGCAUUCAACAUGAAAUACAUAUUAAAUGUACGAACAAAAGACUUGAGUCAACGAUAUUUAAAUUUUUACAACGAACCUUAAGAAUAUAAGAAAUUAUUUUGUAAUUGUAUAUUAUACAUACAUACGUUACUAAGUCUACUCUAUAAGCUGCAAUUUUAAAUAUAUAUUAUAUUUGUCUUCCAAGAAUCAAUAAAGCUCACAACUUUUUAAUAAA